AUCACCGCGCGAAGACGUGGAUGAGGGCACUCACAGCCCUCGGGGUGUAUAGCCAGCCUUCCAUGUGUAUUGAGUACCCUUCGUAUGUAUAGCACUCAGCGGUGUAUAAGAACAUCGGGCGAUUUCCACUCUGCGCCCUUCGGCGCCCCACGUUUUCCAACCUACCUCACCCUUGCGGUGCUUACCCUCGUUGAAGCUCGUGGCGCUGCCUCUUAUCCGCCAUGACGCCGGAAGAGGACAGGCUAUUGUACGCUUUCGGACGCAAUGAGAUGAAGAACGUGGUCGUGAUGUUCUUUAUGGCUGUCGCGUACGGCGUCUUCCUCUGCUUGACACCUCUCGCGCUUCUCAUUAUGCUCCGCCGCGCCCGCUCGCGCACCAUCCUCAUCCAGAUCGGCGUCAUCCUUCUCCUCUUCGCCAGCGUGACCAUCAACACCGCAUGCGUCCUCGCCGUCAUCCUGCUCCAGCUCUCGCGCGGGUUCACGCGAAAUUUGGACGAGCCGAUCCUUCAGAGGUUUAGAGCGGCGGACCACGAGACGCUGUGGAUGUUUGUGUAUCAGACGUGGGCGCAGCCGAUCCAGUUCAUCGCUGGUGAUUCGAUCAUCGUCUGGCGCGCGUGGAUAUUCUGGAGGGGGAGGAGAGGGGUGCAAUAUGCCCUGCUCGUCGUUCUGAUUGCGGAUGCCGCGAUGGCCAUAGCCUUCGGCGUGUGGACGACGGAAAAGAUAUACGACACCAUCCGAGAUCCAGGUAUGGGUGCAGCGAUACUUGGAGCGUCCACGUUUCUGUCCUUUGGCACGAAUCUCUUUUCUACGGCGGCCAUAGCGUUGAGGGCAUGGCAGAACCACCGUCAACUAGCGGCGACGUUCAGCUUCUCUGGCGUGGCAGGGCACGGCCAGAAUAUACGGCGACUGGAAAGCGCCUUCUUCAUUCUUGUCGAAAGUGGCGCGCUCUUGUGUUUAUGUCAGUUCGUCUACGCGAUCCUCUCCGUGCUCGACGGGCAUAAUGGCUCUCCAUUGGAUUGGGGGACCAGCAUGAUGGGCACACUCAGUCAGAUGCUAGCGGCCCUCAAUCCUGUCCUCGUCAUCCUCCUAGUCCGCCUCCGCUUCUCCAUGAUCGACUCCGACUCCGAACUGUCCACCACUACGACCACCACUCGCGGCCUCACGCACGUCGAGCGCAUCGCGCUCUCGCAGCGUUCCCGCUCGCUCGACCUCGAUUCGCAGGGGCCGAAGACUCCCGUGAAAGAGUCCGCGCCGUGGAAAGACGGCGAAGCGAGGGCGACGUGGAAAGACUCCGAGGCGAGGGCGGCGUGGAGAGAUAUCCCGAAGUCGGAGGAACCGUGGCAGGAGCCAAGCCUGUAUACCCAUGCGUCGAUCGAUGGUGUUGUAGUGCAGACGGUGACGACGCAGCAUGCCCUGUGACGACACAUACUCUGUCCGGAGGGCGCAAAAUGCGCUAUGGGCUGGCUGUGAGGCCGGUGAUGACCUUCGGGUUAAAUACUUACCUGUCUUUCUUGACUUGUACGCUGCAUACACUCGCUUGAGAAGUAGUUGUUCUUCCUGUUGUAUUCUAAUGUUGUAUGUAUGUUUAGUAGG